UCUGGUUUGCCUUGACACCAGUUUUCUGCUGGAGUUAAGACGUGGGCUGCGGCCAACAGUAACCCGGAAUAAAGAUCCGAAACUGAAACAAGUUGGAGUCAUUACCAUAUCUUAGAAAAGGCAACAAAAGUGUGUUUUAUAGGUGUGGUGGCAUUUGUUGAGCCGUGGCGGUGCGACACGAACUAGUUUAGCCCAGCAGAAAGGCCCCGCGGCUGGCUGGACCCAGCUCGACACAGCAGCAGAGCGUUUUCUUUAACUCGUGAGAGCAGCGCACCGCACAGAAGCCGGCUCCUUCACACACGGGGAAAACGGCAGUACUGGUUUUUCAAAUUUAAGGAAGAAGGAAGAGCUCCUGAAGAACUGAGGCCUCCUUUGAACCAGAAGGACAUGGAGCCCCUCAACAUGAAGCAGGAAGAGGAGGAGCAGCUUGAUGAGUUUAAAACUGAUGCCACCAACAUUUCAUUCUCUGCAGUUUCUCAUCAGGUUAAGGAAGAAGGAAGAGAAGUUCUGUUGUCACAGUUUGAUCAGAACCAACCUAAAGACAGAGAUCUUCCAACCAGCAGCACCUCUGACCAGAUGAAAGCAGAAAGUGGUAGAGAGGACUGUGGAGGAGCAGAAACUACCAGGAAUCCAGAUCUAAAUCUUUAUGAAUAUGAUUCUAACUCUUCAGAGACUGAAGUCAGCAACGAUGAAGAUGAUGACCAGGAUGGCAACAAUUCUGACUGUCAACUGAAACUCUUGUCAGAUUCUGAGCCAAACACCAAAGAUCAUAACAAAGACCGGAAGGAGAGCAGGUCUUCUAAAUCACAUGUUAAGGCUGUCAAAUCUUUCAGCUGCCCAGAGUGUGGUGAACAGUUUCUCCAUGAGCGGUCUCUCCAGAAACACAUGAGAGUGACAAGUCAUUCAGGACGGAAGUCUUCAAGCUGUUGUGUUGAUAAGAAAUGUGUUAGAGUGAAGCAAAAUGUAGACUCUAGCAGGAAAGUUCAGACAAAACUAAAAUCAUUUAGUUGUGACGACUGUGGAAAAAGUUUCAGCUACAUAUCAAAAUUAAACAGACACAUGAGCGUUCACACAGGAGAGAAGCCUUUUGCUUGUGAGCUCUGUGGACAAAGAUUCACACGCAAGGGAAGUUUAGACACACACAUGAGAGUUCAUACAGGACAGAAGCCUUUUGCUUGUGAGCUAUGUGACAAAAGACUUAGUAAUAAGUCCAGUUUAAACAAUCACAUGAGGGUCCACACAGGAGAGAAGCCUUUUGCUUGUGAGCUAUGUGACAAAAGAUUUAGUGAUAAGUCCAGUUUAUACUUUCACAUGCGAGUCCACACAGGACAGAAGCCUUUUGCCUGUGAGCUCUGUGGACAAAGAUUCACACGCAAGAGAAAUUUAGACUCUCACAUGAGAGUCCAUACAGGACAGAAGCCUUUUGCUUGUGAGCUAUGUGACAAAAGAUUUAGUAAUAAGUCCAGUUUAAUCAAUCACAUGAGGGUCCACACAGGAGAGAAGCCUUUUGCUUGUGAGCUAUGUGGACACAGAUUUACCCAAAAGGCAAGUUUAUACUUUCACAUGAGAGUCCACACAGGAGAGAAGCCUUUUGUCUGUGAGCUCUGUGGACAAAGAUUUACUCAAAAGGGACAUUUAGACUCUCACAUGAGAGUCCAUACAGGACAAAAGCCUUUUGCUUGUGAGCUGUGUGAAAAAAGAUUUAGUGAUAAGUCCAGUUUAAUCAAACACACGAGGGCCCACACAGGAGAGAAGCCUUUUGCUUGUGAGCUCUGUGGACAAAGAUUUAUCCAAAAGGACAAAUUAGGCACUCACAUGAGAGUCCACACAGGACAGAAGCCCUUUGCUUGUGAGCUUUGCGGACAAAGAUUUACUCAAAAGGGAACUUUAGACGCACACAUGAGAGUCCACACAGGACAGAAGCCUUUUGCUUGUGAGCUGUGUGAAAAAAGAUUUAGUAAUAAGUCCAAUUUAAUCAAACACACGAAAGUCCACACAGGAGAGAAGCCUUUUGCUUGUGAGCUCUGUGGACAAAGAUUUAUCCGAAAGCACAGUUUAGGCAUUCACAUGAGAGUCCACACAGGACAGAAGCCCUUUGCUUGUGAGCUUUGCGGACAAAGAUUUACCCAAAAGGGACAUUUAGACGGACACAUGAGAGUCCACACAGGACAGAAGCCUUUUGCUUGUGAGCUCUGUGGACAAAGAUUUGCUCACAAGAGAAGUUUAAACUUUCACACGGGAGUCCACACAGGACAGAAUUAAUGAACAUAAAUAAAAUAUAUUUUUUGGGACUUGUAUAAUGGUGUUGAAUGACAUGCGCUACUGAUCUGGAAGCUCUUUAAACUAAAAUGAAAGGCAGCAGUUUUAUUAAAUGUUUUGUUUUUUGAGAAGAAAAGGUUGAAAAUGAAAUGUUUGUUUGCCUCAAAAUUUUUUUAUUGAAUCUCUUUGUUCACUAUUCAGUUUGUUGUUCGCUGUUUCUGGAGUUUAAACGUAAAUGCUGAUGUUUUGCAAAGUGAGAAGGCUCGCCAUCAAAGUCACCAGAUUAAUCCACUCGUGUAAUUAUCUGUCAUGCAAAUAAACCUGAUCAAUAAUUAAUA